GCGGCCGGGGCUGGCCCGGAAGCGAACGGGGCACCGGAGCCGGAGCCCAGCCGGGUGGGUGGGGACCGAAGGCCAGCGCACUGAGCACUGGACAGCGGCGAUGCAUUGGGGAAACUGGAGGUACUGACCAUCAGACCAACGGAGCACCAGAUCGUUACACCGGAAAGCCCAGUAUCAGGAUUGGCCUCCAUUUGUGUGGUUUGUUGACAUGCAGGAGAAGAAUAGAAGAUAUUCCAUUCCAGCCUCUGGUAAUUUGUCCAAACUGCUACAGCCACAAAGACUGAAUGCCAAAGGAGCCGACUCCCUGGCUAAUGAGCCAGUCCGGCCUUUCUCGCCAUCUUCAGUUUCUCAAACGAGCGGACCUGCGGCUAAGUUUGAUCUGCCGGUGACGAGACACAACUUUGUAGCCAUGGCACUUCCCAAGAGCAAUGAGAAUGAAGGACUGAACAGAGGAAGGGACCUGUCCACACCAAAAUACCAUACUCGUUUGGAUACUUCCACUCUCUCUCGAUAUAUGCCAAAAACAAAGACCGCAUUGAGCACUGAAGAUGUACAAUUGUACAAACAUACAUCAUCAGACCAAUUUUCUAAUGGAUACCACACCUCUACUGACCUUAAUACUGAACCACUACAUGGAAAAGAAAUGUUGCCUUGCAUAUCGGAAAGCCGGGAAUCCAGAAUUCCUGAUUAUUUUAAAACAUUUAGAGAUCGGACUUUGCCAGAUUGGGAUCCUGAUGAGGAAUAUCAGGCCUUGCUUGACUUCACCUAUCCCUUAAGACCAUUGAAUUUUACCUCGAGGGACUUGUCAGAUGGUGACGAUCUGUCUAGUGGGUCAUAUUUUAAGGAUUCUGGCAUUAUAAUUGAUGGUCCUUUGCUGCCCACUGACAAUACGCUAACGUCAAAGAGUACGUUGCCAUUUCCUGCUUACCAGACAAGCAGAAGCAAUGCUGCUAAUCGAUCCCGAGCUGACAGCAACCUCGGAGAAUCUAUUGUAGCCCCUCGACGUUCCUCCAGUCCUUUGCCUUCGUAUAACCAGCCUUCCUAUUUGACAUCAGCUCCGGCCUUAAAAGCACAACCAUCUCCCAGAUCUUUCACUGAGCAGUCCAGAAUCAAUAAAGGACAACUUUCAGACAGUUUGAUCAACAGUACAAUCACAUCUGAUUGCAUGCUGACGAGUUCUAUUACCGAUUCUGGUUUUCUGUCCAAGAAUUCAAGCGAAGACAUUGUCGACCACUUAAUAUCUGGAGAUGAUGCAAGCAGCUUCUUAUCCACGGCACAGAUUCUUCCCCUGAGUAAAGAGUGGGAGAGCGAUGAAGAAUACCUGAGGCUUCCACAUAAGCUAAAAGAGCUGGAAGAUUUAGCUCGGCAACUGGAGAAUCUCACUGCUCGCUUGGGUGAGUCUGCUGAUAUGUCGGAAGGAAAUGUAGUGACCACGAGUGAUCUGGACAUUCUUAAUGGAGGUGUUCAAGACAGCUUCCCUAAUUUUGGUAGCAGCUGUGACUUCCCUCAUUUGCAUUGCCAACAAGGAAGCGAGCUCAUUAACACCCUCGACUCUACAGAGAAUGAAGAUGUAAUCAUGGAAUUGAGAAAGGUCACUGAAUUUAUAAGGAAGCUUGGCCUGUGCCCUGGUUCACAGUUAACUAAUCAGCAGUUCCCAGAGGUCACAGAGGAGAAUCAGAACAGUGACUGCCUUCUUGCUCAGAUACAGAACUUCAGCAACAAACUGGAAGAAAUGGUGCAGUGGCUGCAUAAGGUGGCGGAGACCACGGACAACUGGAUCCCACCACAGCCGGAGAUGGAAAGCAUAAAGUUCUCUCUAGGUGUGUGUAUGGCUUUUAAGAAUGAUAUUAAUGAUCACAGAGAGCUGACCGAAUCCGUGUUAAACUCUGGAGAAAUUCUGCUCAAGUCAGUGAUCGAUACCACCCCAGUUCUUAAGGACACACUCGAAUUGAUAGCAGGACAAUCCAAGCGACUCAAUGGACAUGCUGCACGUCUGUACUCAUCUGUUCUCACAGCCAUGAAUAUGGUCAAAGAUGACUUGGAGACCAAGCAACAUGAUCUUGAAGCUGCUGGCUUGGAGAGGCAGUUGUUAAUGACUGAAGAUUGCAAGUGGCCUUGAGGAAUAUCAUGUCUGAAAUCACAUGAACUUAGAUCAUCCAAAUUAAAAUCGUGAGCAAUGGAAUGUUGAAGCUCAAGUUUGAGAUGUUUUGCAUUUAUACACAACACUUCCUGCAAUUAACUUCCACUUUUUAUGCAGGCAAGUGCUCUGUUAACUAUCAAUGCUAUAAUUUUAUUUAAAACUUCUGAAAUUUGUCAAAUUCAUGUUGACCAGAGGUAAAUGACUUAAUUUUUUAAUGUUUUAAGUACUAACAGUAACACAUCCUAUUGGUAGCCAACACUAUGUAAAACAGAGUGAAUUGCUAGAUGCUUGCUACUGCGAAUUCCAUAUGAUGCACCACCCCCUAUUUGUUCUGAAAAGUUUUCUAUUGGAAACUUAAAAAUCAAUAGUAAGUCUGGUUUACAUAAGUUUAAAAACCAGUUCUCCUCUGCCAGAAUUCCAUGGGAGAUGGACAAGAAUGAAAGUGGCAAAGGAUUGCUGCUUGUCUUUGCUUCAAACCUUUUUCCUACAAAGAAAAAUCUAUGGCACGGUUAUCAGAUCACUGUUUGAUGCAGUAACCAAAUAACAUCAUUUUUCACCACAAAGUGUAAGGUGUUGACAGUUUGUGGUAACUUUAAUAUUUGAUCUUGUACAAUCUCCUGCAGCAUCCACAUUUUCUGCAUUUGUUACAACACAAUUUGCAACUUCAGUUUUGUAUGGUUAUGCAGGUAGUUUUUUUUUAAACGAUCAGUUUGCUAUGUAUUGUGGUUCAUUGUAACCUUUAACUUUGCAGUGCUGUUUAUUAAAAUAUUUUCUUUCUAAUCCAGUAGUCUGAAUAGAUUUUAAAAGGAGAACAUACAUUUCCAUCUUUACGAAACAAAGAAAAACUAAUGGAACUACAUGAAGUUGGUUUUCCCCAAAUAGAUUUCUAUAAUGAUUUAGCAAUUUAGAAUUAAGCAGUGAAGUCUUGACAUUCUCUAAAGACAUCUACCUAUCAAAAGAAUCAGAAUAAGAUUAGUACAGCAAACUACAAGAGUAGUUAUUUUCCUAAAGUGAUAAAGCAGUUUUGAGAGAUCGAGUGGUUUAUUAUUUUGGUAAUAUUACUUAUAAUCUCCAAAAAUGAGCUGAACCUGGACCUGUGUACAAACUUAAUAUGGGAAUUGUGAAAGUGGUUUAGUACAAAAUAAGAUGUAAAGUAGGCACUUGUAGGUGAGUGAACGAGCAGAUCUUAGGCUUAAUGCAUUCAGUUAGUUAUCUCUACUACUAGGGAAACAGUUGCAGUUCAAAGAUUUUUUUAGCAGUUUCCUUGUGUUUCUAUCAUGUAAAUGUUCCCAACUGCAAAUACAAGUAGAAAAUGUAUGGAAUCAAAGAUGAACACCUACCAAGGUUUACAACAAAUGUUUACAAAUAAAUCCAGAAAUAUAGAGGAAAGUGCCAUUAUGCAUUUUAUUUAGAAUGAGUAAAAAUAAAUUUGAAUUAAAUCACCCUUCACCAUGCUUAAAAUAUUUUAAAUUAUAUGGGUCCCUAAACUAGUUCUAAAAUGAAAUGGUUAACAUGCCUGAUACAGUAACUUCCUGCAGAAAACCUAGUAUCCAGAUAGUUUCCAAAAUUGCACAAGAUUAAAUGAAAUUCACUUGUAAAGUGUGAUCUGGUUGGAGCACCUUUUCAAUGAGCAAAUGUCCCAAUGCUCACAAUGCCAUUUAUAAAUACAAGCCAUUUUUCAAGGCAAAUGGGAAUCAUAACCAGUGAUCUACAGACCAAAAACUAUCAUCCACAACCAAAAAUCUACAGUGAGAUACAAAUGAGAUAUGCAGAAUAAAUUAAGACAGUUAAAGCUCUGCAGCAAUUGAGCUCACUGUCUUGCAGAUCUUGAAGCUUUGUGGACCAUUCUAUGCCACCACGUUAGUUCUAAAUUAAGUAUUAGUACAAUA